AUGAAGAAAAAAGCAAGUAUCCUAUUGUCAAAAUUGAGAAAUAAAGACUCUAACUAUAAUAAUAAUAAUCGGAAAGAAUCGAAUAAUGUUGAUAUUCAUGACAUUAAUCAAAAAAAUGUGCCUGAAAAUGAAGGAUAUAAGGAUAGUCACAAUGAUAACUUGAUAGGAACUUUGAACAAUUCUAUAAAUGCAAUUAUGGUUAAGAAUAAUUAA